AGAAGGACCAUUUUAAGAUGAGUCAGACCAUGCCAUCAUCAUCAUCAUCAUUAUUAUUAUUAUUUCUAAGAACCUUCAAGUGACUUCUCUUUCACUUAGAGGAAAAACCAAAGUCCUUUUAAUGGCCUGUUGACCCUACACAGUUUGCUUUCUCUACUGUUCUUGAUCAUCAUGUUCAUUCCUGCCUCAGGACCUUAUCCCUUGCUGUUCCUUCAUCAUGGGGUUCCCUAACAGAAGUUGGCUCUGGAGUGUGGUGAGUCCUCAGAGGAGACCUCAGAUAGCGGGAGCCAUGGCCUCUGACCUGGACUUCUCACCUCCUGAGGUGCCUGAGCCCACAUUCCUGGAGAACCUGCUACGGUAUGGACUCUUCCUGGGGGCCAUCUUCCAGCUCAUCUGUGUGCUGGCCAUCAUCAUACCUGUUCCCAAGUCCCACGAGGCGGAGACGGAACCAUCUGAGCCCAGAAGUGGGGAAGUGAGGAAGCCCAAGGCUGCUGCUCCUACAAACAAGAGGCCCAAGAAGGAGGCCAAGAAGAAGCGUUAGAAGACAAGGCCUGUGGAGCCGGAUGGGAGGGGCAAGGGCCUGAAGGCGACCCUCUGGGGACUCAGCGUCCUGUUCCCUCGCUCCGUCCAGGCUCAGAGAUCUGGACAAUCAUGACAGUCCCAGGUCCCAGCUCGGCAGACCACCACUUCCUCUUCCUCCUGCUUCCUUGGUGGUUUAGAGUCAAGGAGACUAAAAUACUCAGUGAGCAGAGACUGUUUGAGAAGUCUGUUCACAAGCCCGGUCAGAUUAUGUUUUCAACUUAAUCAUGGAGUCUGGCCUUUAGUUACCCACCUUGUGGAUUUACACUACGUUUCAGAGCCAUUAGCUAAUGCUGACAAGCACCGCCCUCUCCCAUUAUUUGUGCACCACAGACCCUGCUAAUCAGGCACCUUUGUCUCUUCCGCUUGUGCAAGUG